AUGGCGGCCGCCAUUGGGUGGCUGGUGCAGACCAUCUUUGCGACCCUCAAAAUCGACAAGCUCGACGCCUGGAUUCGGCAAGUCGGACUUGCCGAUGACAUCGAGAAGCUCAAGGCAGAGAUCUGGGAAGUCAAGAAGAUAGUGGUCACUGCUGCCAAGGGCAGGGGGAUCGGGAGCGAGCUGCUGGAUGGACCUUUCGCUCUCCUCGAGGAGCGGCUCUAUGAAGCCGACGACGUGGUUGACGAGCUCGACUACUACAGGCUCCAACACCAAGUCCAAGGAGUUACAAGGGGCGAGCAUGAAGAUGUGCUUGUAGCUGAGCGAGUCGAUGACAUAUCGAGUGGCGGUGCUGAUACACAGCAGAGCAAUGUCGGCAAUUUACGCUCCGUCGUAUGGGAUCACUGCAUGAUCACAGAAACAGUUGUGGGGAAGCGUUCAAAAGCCAAAUGUAAUUACUGCAGGAAGGAGUUUAAGUGCGAUACGACGACGAACGGGACUUCGUCUAUGAUAAAACAUUUGGAGAAUGAGCAUUCCGUCAAUUGUAAGAAAUCUCCUGGAGUGCAUCUGCCGAACCCUUCAAGCACUGUUGAGCCUAUUGCAAGCUCAUCCAGGGGGAAAGGAAAGAAACGGCGGUCGAAGGCAUGGGAUAAUUUUGAAGUAAUAGAAAAUGAAAACCAACAGCCAAUCAAAGCAAUAUGUAAAUACUGCCAUUCGAAGAUCAAGUGCGGGCAGAAGACUGGGACAGCAGGUAUGCUUAACCAUAACAAGAUUUGUAAGAAGAAACCUGGACCAGUUGACCAGACACCAAAGUCGUUGAGAUCUGGUGAUACUACUGCAAAUGUGACACAUAUUGUGAUUGGUGAUUCAUCUACCAGGAAAAGAAGGAGAGUAGAUGAGUCAGCACAAAUAACUGCAGCUAAUAAACACACCCCUUGGGACAAGGCUACAUUAUUCAAUAGGAUACGAGAAAUUAUUAGUGAGUUACAAGACAUCCGAGGGCAAGUGAGGGAGGUUCUCAAGCUGCACGGAUCAGACUUAUCUUCCAGUUCAAAUCACCAUCAGAGCAUAACCUUUGAUCAGCACCUAAUGACAUCAAGUCUUGUUCCAUGGAAAGUGUAUGGAAGAGUUGCAGAAAAGAACAACAUUAUAAAGAUGAUAACAGGAGAAAAAUCUGAUGGUGUAGUUGUUCUGCCUAUUGUAGGCAUUGCAGGUGUUGGGAAAACAACUCUUACCCAACUUGUAUACGAUGAUCCGGACGUGCAAAGUAAAUUUGACCACAGGAUAUGGGUCCGGGUGUCUCGCCACUUUGAUGAAAUGAGGCUCACAAGGGAGAUGUUGAGCUUUGUUACUCAACAAAGGCAUGAAGGAUUAGACUGCUUUGUGAAGCUUCAGGAGAUCUUGAAAAGUCAUGUCAAAUCAAAGAGGAUUUUGCUUAUUUUAGAUGAUGCCUGGGAUGACAAGAACAGUUGCCGAUGGAACCAACUACGGGCUCCCUUUAUGUCCGACAGUGCUAAUGGCAAUGUGAUUCUUGUGACAACUAGAAAAUUGUCUGUUGCGAAAAUGGUUGGAACAACGGGGCCAAUUAAGUUAGGUGCUUUGGAAAAUGAGGACUUCUGGUUAUUGUUCAAAUCAUGUGCUUUUGGUGAUGGAAACUAUGAAUGUCUUGGAAACCUUAGCACAAUCGGACGACAAAUAGUUGACAAGUUAAAGGGCAACCCGUUAGCAGCAGUAACUACAGGGGCACUAUUAAGAGAUCAUCUUACAGUUGAUCAUUGGAGUAAUAUUCUCAAGAAAGAAAAUUGGAAAUCACUGGGACUCAGUGAAGGCAUCAUGCCUGCUUUGAAGCUUAGUUAUGAUGAGCUGCCCUACCAUUUACAACAAUGUUACUUAUAUUGUUCUAUAUUUCCUGUCAAUUAUAGGUUUCUUGAUAAGGAUUUGGUCUAUAUUUGGAUUUCUCAGGGAUUUGUGAACUGCACCCAUUUAAGUAAGAGAUUGGAGGAGACGGGAUGGGAAUAUCUGAAUGAUUUGGUGAACCUGGGAUUCUUUGAGCAAGUUGAAGAACAACAGAAAGAUGGUAGUCAAAUUUGGUAUUCUAUGUGUGGUCUCAUGCAUGAUUUUGCAAGGAUGCUUUCAAGGACUGAGUGUGCAACUAUAGAUGGUCCACAGUGCAAUAAAGUGUUGCCAACUAUACAUCAUUUGUCAAUAGUAACUGAUACCGCAUACAAAAAAGAUCAGCAUGGAAACAUUCCUCGUAAUGAGAAGUUUGAAGAAAAUCUGAGAAAUACGGUUACUUCAGUUGGCAAAUUGAGAACAUUGGUAUUACUUGGGGACUAUGACUGUUUCUUUAUAAAGUUGUUCGAAGAUAUAUUCUGGAAGGCACAUAAUUUACGUCUGCUGCAAGUGUCUACCGCAUCCACUGAUUUAAUUUCCUUCCGGUGUGGUUUGACCAAUCCUAUGCAUCUUCGUUAUCUAAAACUUAAGUUGUAUGGGGUUGUGCCACAAGAUUUGACUGAGUCUUUUAAUCUUCAAAUACUAGAUGUUGACCCAGACGCAAAUACUUCUCUACCCACCGGCUUGCAUAAUUCCCUCAUGUGCAGUUCGGCAAAUCUUACACAUCUUCCCUAUCAUGAACAACCUAAUAAGGUGGAUGGGGCUUUCCCUCAAAUAUUGAGCAAGUUGUACCAUCUUCAAGUAUUGGAUGUUGGCUCAUACAAUGAUCCUAUACCUGAUGGUCAUAAUAAUCUUGUUAGCCUGCGACAUCUUGUUUCAGAAAAUGGAGUAUACCCUUCCAUUGCUAGCAUUGGUAACAUGACAUCACUUCAGGAGCUACAUGAUUUUAAGGUUCAGUUUUGUUCUAGCGGCUUUGAGAUAACACAACUCCAAUCGAUGAACAAGCUUGUAAAACUAGGGUUGUCUCAACUUGAUAAUGUUAAAACUCGUGAGGAUGCUAAUGGGGCAGGACUAAGAAACAAAGAACACCUAGAGGAGCUUCACUUGUCCUGGAAGGAGACCUUGUUGGAGAAUGAAUAUGUCAAUGACACUAGAUCUGAAUCUUCUGUGAACAUGGCAAGAGAAGUUCUCGAGGGUCUUGAACCACAUAUGGAUUUAAAACAUUUAUAUAUAUCUGGGUAUAGUGGUACUACUUCACCAACUUGGCUUGCCAACAACAUCUCAGUUUCCUCCUUGCAGACGCUUCACCUUGAUGGUUGUCGAGGAUGGAGAAUACUUCCAUCACUGGGAAGUCUUCCAUUUCUUACAAAGCUGAAGUUGAGCAGCAUGCGGGAAGUAAUAGAAGUAUUGGUUCCUUCACUGGAGGAGCUAGUUUUGAUCCACAUGCCUAAGUUAGUGAGAUGCUCAAGCACUUCUGUGGAGGCUCUGAACUCUAGCUUACGAGCACUACAGAUCGAGAAUUGUGAAGCAUUGAAGGAGUUUGAUCUGUUUGAGAAGGAUGAUAAUUCUGAAAUCAUUCAGGGAUCAUGGUUACCUGGUCUUAGGAAUUUGAUUCUGAACUAUUGCCCUCAUUUCAAAGUGUUGAAGCCUCUUCCGCCCUCAAUCACCUUUUUUAAGUUACUCAUCAGUGGAGUUUCAACACUUCCAUAUAUGGAGGGAUCAUCUAGUGGAAAGCUAUGUAUUGGGAAUUUUCAUGAGGUUGAUUGCAAUGGUUUCGAUGGUACUUCUGAUGAGUUGAGGAUAUUGGAUGAUAAAAUUUUGAUGUUCCAUAAUCUGAGAAAUCUCAAAUCGAUGGUGAUAUGUGGUUGCCGGAAUCUAAGUUCUAUUUGGUUCAAAGGUUUUAGUUAUCUCGUUUCUUUAACGAGCUUGGAAAUAAGCUGGUGUGAAAAACUUUUCUCUUCGGACGAGAUGGAAGAGCAUACCCAUGAGGACGUGCGAGCUGAAAAUUACAACGCAUUCCCCUCUCUUGAAAGUCUCAGUAUUUUGUAUUGUCGUACAGCGGAGAAAUGGCUAUGUCUGCUGCUGCAACAUGCACCAUGCCUAGAAGAAUUGGUGUUAUGCUCAGAAGAGGACACGUCAUCAGGAAAUCUAAACGAUGGGUUAGGUCGAGUUGGGUCCUUGAACAUUCCAUUAAAUCUCGUCUCCCCUCUCAAGAGGAUAACUAUUGAGGGCUGCCCUCGUCUAACAUUUAACUGGGGCAAGGACGAUGUCUUGGGAUUUACCACCCUUGAGAAGCUAUGUAUUCGGGACUGCCCCAAGCUGCUCUCGUCGUUGAUCCAUACAAAUGGAAGAUGGCUCCUCUCGAACUCACUUGGUGAACUUGAAAGCAAUGGCCAUUCUCAAAAAACGCUGCAACUCUGCUUCCCAAGUGAUCUCACAAACCUUAAAAAAUUAGAGGUAUACCACAGCCCAGGUUUGCAAUCUCUACAGCUGCCCUCAUGCACGGCACUGGAGGAAUUGGUGAUUGGAUAUUGUGCAUCGCUCAGCGUACUAGAGGGCUUGCAAUCCCUUGGCAGCCUCAGGCAUUUGAGAGUAUGCAAGUGCCCUGGCUUGCCACCAUAUCUGGAGAGCUUUUCAAGGCAGGACUAUAAGCUGUGCCCUCGGCUGGAAAGGCUUGACAUCGAUGACCCAUCUGUCCUUACCACGUCAUUCUGCAAGCACCUCACCUCCCUGCGACGCCUACACCUUUCUGGGCUGGAGAAAGUAAAGAGACUAACAGAUGAGCAAGAGAGAGCGCUUGUGCUCCUCAAGUCCCUGCAGGAGCUCCGAUUUCAGAGCUGUUAUCCUCUCGUAGAUCUUCCUACGGAGCUACACAACGUUACUUCCCUCAAGAGAUUGGAGAUACGCGCUUGUUGGGGCAUCUCAAGGCUACCGGAAACAGGCCUCCCACUUUCUCUGGAACUUCUGGAAAUCAACUUUUGCAGCAAGGAGCUCGCUGAUCAAUGCAGGCUGCUAGCAACAAGUAAGCUAAAAGUCAUAGUUACUAGGUGUAAUUCUUGA